ACAGAUGCGCUGUGUCGGAAAGGGCAGAGUCGGCUUUACUUCCUGAGGAGGCUGCGGUCAUUCGUUGUCUGCAGUAAGCUCCUCUGCAUGUUUGACCAGUCAGUCCUUGCCAGUGUCCUCUUUUAUGCUGUGGUGUGCUGGGGAUUCAGAAGAAGAGGGACGCUGGGCGACUGAACAGGCUGAUAAGAGCAGCAGCAAGAUGCCUUUGGGAGAGCAAGAAAAUGCAUGGAAAAAGAAGACCUCGGACAUCAAGGAAUUCUAUGACUUCAAAGAGGUGCUGGGAACGGGGGCGUUCUCCGAGGUAGUCCUGGCAGAGGAGAAGAGGACCCAGAGGCUGGUGGCCAUCAAGUGCAUCCCAAAGAAGGCCCUGGAGGGCAAGGAGAACAGCAUUGAAAAUGAGAUUGCAGUCCUGCACAGAAUAAAGCACACUAACAUUGUGACCCUGGAAGAUAUCUUUGAGAGUCAAUCCCACCUGUACCUGGUGAUGGAACUGGUGUCAGGGGGGGAGCUCUUCGACAGGAUAGUGGAAAAGGGCUUCUACACAGAAAGAGAUGCCAGUAAACUCAUCUGUCAGAUCCUGGAUGCGGUCAAGUAUCUCCACGAUAUGGGCAUUGUGCACAGGGACUUGAAGCCAGAGAACCUGCUAUACUACAGCAUGGAGGAGGACUCCAAAAUCAUGAUCAGUGACUUUGGCUUGUCCAAGAUUGAAGACUCUGGGAGUGUGAUGUCUACAGCCUGCGGUACCCCUGGAUAUGUGGCCCCUGAAGUGUUGGCGCAGAAGCCCUACAGCAAAGCAGUUGACUGUUGGUCUAUUGGCGUCAUCUCUUACAUUCUUUUAUGCGGAUAUCCACCAUUUUAUGAUGAAAAUGACUCUAAGCUGUUUGAGCAGAUCCUCAAGGCAGAGUAUGAGUUUGAUUCUCCAUACUGGGAUGAUAUAUCAGACUCAGCCAAAGAUUUCAUCUGCCACCUUAUGGAGAAGGACUCUGUGGAGAGGUUCACAUGUGAGCAGGCUUUACAGCACCCCUGGAUUUCUGGCGAUACCGCUCUCGAUAAGAACAUCCACGAAUCUGUCAGUGCUCAGAUCAAGAAGAACUUUGCAAAAAGCAAAUGGAAGCAAGCGUUCAAUGCCACAGCUGUGGUGCGGCACAUGAGGCGGCUGCAGCUCGGCACCAGCCUGGAGGGCACCAGUCACAUCACCCCCACCAGCCCCUGCCACGGACACCUACUCCUGCCCACCGAGGAUGUCGGCGAGGAGGCAGAGGAGGAGGAGGAAGACGAUGAAGAUGGUUCUCAGUGUGGAGAGGAACGCAGGGGCAGCGCAGACCGUGACAGCUUGAGGAGCUGCACCUACUGCUGUCGACCGUCCAGUCGGGUCUGAGUACAACAACCUAGAACCUACAACACAGAAUCUGACCCAUCACCCAAGCACCCCCUCCCCCCCUUUAAAACCACCACCAGUUUGGCUUGGAAUACAGAGUUAUCCCACCAGCGUCCACUAGAAGGACCUUUGUCGACAUAAGUGAGAGUGGGAGAAAGUGGUCUCCUGGGGCCACGUGUAGCUUUAUUAAACAUGCCUAGACACAGCUAUGGGCCCUGAAUGUGGGUUGGAACGGAGCCAGUGAAGAAGUUAUAGAGCUGGGACAGAAACAGCCACAGAAAAGUCCAGCGGAGAUUGGAGCUCUUGUGAAGCAGGCUUUAGAAGCCAGCUAGUCAGUUGUUCACAGAGACACAUUUCACAGGCUAAAUGUAAAGCUGCCAUCUGAUGUGUAAUGUAAUCGCCACAAUCAAGUCUGGCCCCAAGAGACCAGAGAAAGAAGUGCGGGAGGACCAAUAUAGCACAGGAAGGGAUUCAGGCAUAUUGUAGGAAAACGUACAGCAACAAAUUUGUGAAUUGGUCAUUUUGUGUUCAUUUUUCAUUUGUCUUGACUUGAUUUUUUUUAAUGUCCCAACCAAAGACAGCUGUUGUAUUUAUUUUCUCGAUUGAAAGUAUGAAGUUGACGUACUGUAUAUGUGCCAGACGUUUACUCACAGGAGGUCAGCUGUAACAUCAGGGUGGAUGGCCCUCAGUGCCACAUCCUUAGAUAGUUUAUGAUCACCAGUGGCUCAAAGUCUUCAUCCAACUCAUUGGCUUUCAUAGCAUUAGAAAAGGGAAGGAAAGUAGUGUGUAUGAACCUUCUAACUUCAAGAUUCCAAUUUAGAUUCAGCUCUGAAAUCAUUAAAUUCCAUUUGCACUCACAUACAUACGUUAGAUUUUACGCAGCAAACUGUACAAAAUUGUGCACUCCCAAGUAAUCCUACAACACUAUGCUAAUGACUUGGCAUUUUUUGUUUUAAUUUUUAAGACAUUAUUUCUUCCCCAUCUGUUUGGAUCUCCACCCUUGGAACAAUGCACUCUGGGUUGGCCCCUGCCUGGGACUAGGGAUAAUUGCAACACUUGAACUCUGUAUUCCAUGUCAGACUGGAUUUGUGUAACAGUACUGGUGAGGAGGGUUUGCAUGCAUCAGUGGGAUUAUAAUAUAAAAUGUUAUGGAAGUGGAGAUGGGGGCCUAAUGGCUGUUCUGUUCUCUGAGGCACAAACUGAGAUCCCAUGAGCACCAGCCUUGGGGCCCCACGGCCCUGAGUGCGAGAGAAAGAACUGUCGUCUGUGGUUCCCUCACUGUCUCUCACACAUCGCACUCGCAGAGGCCCAAAUGACACAGCAGCCACAUGACGUGACAACAGCUCAUACAUAUGUGAUGCAUAGACCCUUACGUCCUACCGAAGGAGCUCCAGCAUCCCUGACGUGGUCCCUUACUCCUCUGACGUGAGGAGUAAGCACAAGUGGCAAGCAGGAAGGCAAAAGCAUGCCCAGAGAGAACGUGUCUACAGCAAUGGUAGGUUAGGAAAACACUUCUGUCAGGCACUCUCCCUUCUGAAUUUCCACAGUUUUGCUUUGGUACAGGAUGAGCAAGUGGAAUCGUUGUUGUCCUGUUUACCCCUCUCUCUCAUUGGCUCACUGGCUCGCUCGCUCGCUCUCUAGACAGAGGGAAGGGAUCUCACGUUUGUGCUCUCUGUCUACUGUACUGUGCACCUCCGUAGAGGAAGUCCAAUGUUUGCAUGAUCUGGUUAAUAUGUUUACAUGUAAGCGAUGAGCGAUGAACAACUUAUAAAACAUUUAAAUAUACACAUGUGUACAUAUAAAUAUGUCAUUAUUACAUUAUAUUACUACUAUUAUUAUCAUUAUUAUUAUUAUUCCCCCAAGACAGUACACACUUUUGCUGUUAAAACCAAGUAUAAAGUGGGCAACACAAGGUUUUUUUUUUUUUUCACUGCCAAAGGUGACCUACGCAUAGUAGUUAACGUGACCUCUAACUCAGCUGUGCUGCCUCUUCCCUAGUGCCGUGAUGCUAAGGAGCUGAGGAGCUCUGUUCACUCAGUUCACUGGAGACGGCAAGUUCUUCACUGGAGGGUCCCAGCCCAGGUCCCUGCAAGUCUAAAAUCGUAGGUCAGGGCUACACUGGGUCUGCAAAUGAAGUGCUCCAUUUGCAGAGCGUAAAAAUAGUUUUAGAAGACUAAUUUGUUUGAAUGUACGGACUGCUAUCAAGCCUGGUGCAGCCAGUUCCAUUGAUUAUAGUCGAAGCUAAUUGUUGCAGCAGAAUGCUCCAGUUACAUACCCUGUUAGAAAAAGAACAACAGGCACAUUCUGUGGAACUCGGCAGGCUAGCCAAUUGGAAUUACGGGGGGGGGGGCGGCGGCGUUGUAAAGAUGUCUAAGUCGGUACCCACCUCCACGCUAAUCCAGCACCACCAGGCAUGACAUCUGCAUGCCUCCCCACCAGAUUGACACCGAAUUCAGUUAGCAAGAGAAGGAUAUCGUUCAGUCAGUCACAGAAGUCAGAAGUCACAAAUAGUCCUACACUGACAUAAUUCCACUUCCAGGAGAAACGAGCUGAACAGUGUGCAAAUCCUUCAGGCUAAGGUGGAAAAGCCUCUAAACAGUGAUGAGUCAUUUGCUGUCUUUUUUUUUUUUUAAGUAUAUUUUUUUGGCCUUUUAUGCAGGAAGUGAUUGGGAAAGAGAGUC